AUGAAUUCUCUCGCUCCUAAAUUCCUCAACCUCCUCAGAAUCUCUCCAUCAAUCAGACCUUCUUCACUAGUGAUGGGUGUGGAAGUGAACUCAAAGUUGCUUUUCUCAACCGAGAUUGACAAUGACAGAGACAAGGAUGUGAGCCCUAAUGGUGAGGUGGAGGUCGAUGAUGAUUUUCCUCCUGAGAAGCCGGAGUUGCAGCUGCAGAGUGUUGAUCCCAGAAAAGGCUGGAAUUUUCGCGGUGUCCACAGGGCUAUUAUAUGUGGAAAAGUAGGUCAAGCUCCUGUCCAGAAGAUCUUGAGAAAUGGCCGAACUGUAACCAUAUUCACAGUGGGAACUGGUGGAAUGUUUGAUCAGAGGCUUGUGGGAGAGAAAGACUUGCCAAGACCAGCUCAAUGGCAUCGUGUUGCAGUGCAUAAUGAAAUGCUUGGGGCUUAUGCUGUACAGCAACUUAUGAAAAACUCUUCGGUUUAUGUUGAAGGUGAUAUUGAAACUAGAGUCUACAAUGACAGUAUCAAUGGUGAAAUAAAAAGCAUACCAGAAAUCUGUGUGCGUCGUGAUGGAAGAGUUAGACUUAUGAAGGCAGGAGAAAAUAUGAGUAAUAUUUCCAUUGAUGAGCUUAGGGAGGGAUUACUGUAA